AUGGCUGCACUUAGCACAUUGUGUCCCCACUUUAGUAUGAGGGUCCUUUCUCCUUUUCCCAAUUUCCUCCCUUUUCUCUCUUUCUAUUCCACUUUAAGACAGUAUAGAGUAACCCUCUCCUGUUGGGAAUCAGGGCUGCCUAGCAGCUCCAUCUCACUUUUCCAUUUUCAGUCUAAUAAUUUCCCUAAAACACUGGUCAAGAUGUACAAUGAUUUUGUGCUGACGUCCCUGCUUGUUGGAGCCGCGGCGCAGUCGCCAGACUUGCUGUUCAAUCCACAAAGGCAGCGUAUGCGGGAACCGAUCCAUGUCAAAGAUGAUCUCUACCCAAUCAUGUGCGACGUUUGCGAGCUUGUGGCUUUCUCGGUAUACUUUGACACCAUGGAAAAGCUCAAGGACAAACCGAUCGUUUCUGAAAUGAAGCACCCAGGCAAAAAAGUUAAAAAGUCUGCAUUCUCGGAAGAUGACAUUAUCCAGACAAUAAGUGAUGUAUGUGACCGCAAGCGAAAGGCCGGCGAGUGGAUGUGGACUGUCGAUCUGACAGAGAAGCUUUCAAGCGUCAAGGGAAGCCGCUAUUGGAACGAGCCAAGCGAGUCGGAAAUCGCCGCCAUGGAGUUGAAUAAUGCCCGUUUUCUCUUCGUCGAGCGACGGAAUCAAGUGCGAAAGUGGGACCGAGAAACUGCGACGGUAAAAAAAUCCUGCGAUCUUAUUUUCGAGGAUGAGCUUGAGGACGUGGACCAAUUUGCGCUCGCUCUCUGGCACGGCGACGUCGCGGAUCCAGAGCAGACACGGGAGCUGCUUUGUCACCAUCUCACGGAUCGGUGCAACUACGAAACUCGAAUACCAAUAGACGCAGUCAUUGGUGACAAGGUGCGACAAGACUACGAGUUCGUCGAAAUCGACCACCGAGUAGUCCAGGCUGAGCAGAUGCAACAGAAUAUGGCCGACAUGGGUAAUCCCAUGGCGAUGCACACACCUUCAGAGAUGGAAGAAAUACUCCUCGAGGACAUGGAAGAGCGCGGUAUGUCCGAGGAUGAGAUUGAGGCGUACAUUCACGAGGAGGAAGACAAAUAUGACCAGCAGAUGGGCACCAACAUCCGUGCAGAGCGCCAUCAGAAGAAGGAGAAGCAGAAACGUGUGGUCGCCAGGAGGAGUGACAAGGUAAAGCCUGAUAUUGGGGAAGGUGGCGAGCUCUAA